CGCUCCAUCAGCUGUGUAGAUGCUGUAAAGACACUCAGCUCGUCUCCCUCUCCCCCUGUUUUUCAGGCCCGCCUGGAGCAGGGGGAGCCCCUGUUCCUCCCGCCUCUCUCGGCGGCCCUGCAGCCCUGUGACGUGGCCACCCUCCUGAAGCAGUUCCUGCGUGAGCUUCCCUCCCCCCUCAUCCCUCCCGCCCUGCAGGGGGCGCUGUGCCGGGCUCAGGGACUGGGCGGUGAGGACCGGAGGGAGGGAGCCACGCUGCUGCUGACCGCCCUGCUGCCCCCUGCACACGCGCGGGUGCUGCGGUACCUCUGCAGCUUCCUGAGAAGCGCCGCUCAGAGGAGCAGUGAGAGCCGGAUGGAUCUGGGCUCCCUGGCCCUGGUGAUCAGCCCCAACCUGAUGCAGUGCCCGAUAUCGGGGUCCAGGCUGGCCGUGGGCACCGAGGCCGUGCUGGAGCGCCAGGCUGCGGUGGUGCGGGCACUUAUCACACACGCCGAGCACAUCGGUGUCAUCCCCACAUUCAUGCUGGAGAAGAAGCAGGGCUUGUUGCUGGGGGCGGAGCCUGGCUGUGUUACACCCCCUGGCGACGCCCUGGAGACGGGGGCGGGGCCGAGAGUGCCCGGCUCGGUGAAGCACCACAGACGCAGUGUGGGCGAACGGUUUGUGGGGGCAUUCAACAAGCUGAUGACGUCUCGCACUCCAACUGGCACCCCCGUCCCUUUCGACGGGAGGGCAGCAGAGGGGACCCCAGGCCAGCAGGGGGAGGCCAGUCCCAUGCUUCAGUCUCUCCUUGUCACUAAACGGAAAGCGUUUGAGGACACUGUGCCAGAACCAGAAGGUUCUGCCAGGAAGAGGAGAUCAAUACAGGACCUAAGGGAAGAGAGCCCAGCUGUCUCACUGUCGCCCCCCAGUGACCCUGUGUGCUCCCAGAGCUCGAGCUCUCAACCCUGUCGCACCCCUGCCUCUGUCCUGCCCCAGCUGAGGCAGCGCGGGGAGGGCAGCACCCCUAACCGCUCCGUCAGGAGCAAGAGGGGCAAGAGAACAGCUGACAAGCGAGCACAGAGGCCCCCGGCUGCCCAGUGUGCAAUGAGAGAGGAGAGGGGGGAUCGGUUCAGGAGGUCGCUGCGACUCUUCUCUCUAAGUGGCUGGGGAGGGCGAGACUCAGUCAGCAUUGGCUCCGAGUUAGGCAGGAAGAAGGUGACUGACAGCCAGGAUGGCCAUAGCUGCUCCAAAGGGGGUGGGCUCUCUGAAGCUCCUGUCACUCCCGUUGGUGGACCAGAGAGAGUAGUGGUGGUGUGCGAGGUGGAUGAUGACCCUGACCUCCUGACCUGCAGUUUCGUCGACAGCCCUGGGGACAGCCUGUACCCCGAAACCUUUAUCCAUGUCUUCCCUGACACCCCAACGCUCACAGCGCAGGCCGAGAUGGGCAGCCCUCAGGUCUGGCCAUGCGAAAAGGAGACGGAGGCAGAGGCCCUGGAAGAGGAGGGAGCUGAAGAGGAUCUGGAGACAGAGAGUGGAGAGGAGGAGUGGGAGAGUAGGACAGGGCCUGAGCCAGACAGAGAGGGGGAGGGAGGAGAGGAGGGACAGGAGAGAGGGACUGAGGCUGAAAGCGAGGAGGGGGUGCAGGGAGAUGUUCUGUCAAGGAAGAGGUAA